AUGGGCGCUGAGGAAGAGAGAAGGCCAUAUUGCGGGGAUGUCGGUUUAUUUUGGCCGGGAAACCCUAUGAUGAUAAAAGCUGAGCCGGCUGACCAGAGUGGCGGCACAGAGGCCGAACACAGCGAUGAGCAAGAGGAGAAGAACUGUUCAAUCACCCUGGAGGUGAAACACGAGAAGGACUGGGAAGAUUCAGCCGGUCAAGAGGUGCUGGAAGACCUCCAAGAAAUUACCACUGACGUCGAUGAUGUCCAGAGGACUGAAGAGGACAGUCCAUACCCUCAAUUCAAACCAGUUGCUAAACCAAGGACUAAAGUUUCCACGGUCUUUUCCACCAUGAAGCGACGGGGAGUAGAGGGAGACACUGAGAACCGGCCCUACAAGUGUACAUACUGUAACUGGGCCUUUAAGAAGUCCAGCAAUCUUCUUAGCCAUAUAGAAACGCACAGUGGUCUGAAGCCACACGUGUGCAACCUGUGUGGGAAAGCUUACUCACACCAGGGUACCCUCCAGCAGCACAAACGCCUGCACACAGGUGAAAGACCUUACCACUGCCCUUUCUGCGACAAGACUUACAUUUGGUCCUCAGAUUACCGCAAACACAUCCGUACUCACACCGGUGAGAAGCCCUACGUUUGUGAAUCCUGCGGCAAAGACUUUGUACGUUCAUCCGACCUGCGCAAGCACGAGCGUAACAUGCAUGUCAACGACAAGCCGUUCCCUUGCACUAAAUGCGGUCAAACCUUCAACAAGCCACUGUCGUUGCUCCGGCACGAACGCACCCAUUUGGGCGAACAACCGUUUAUCUGCCCCGAAUGCGGAAAGGCGUUUGCCAUCGCAAGUCGCAUGGCGGAACACCGGAAGAUCCACGCCGGAAUCAGGCCGUACGUCUGUCCCGUUUGCUCCAAAACGUUCACUAAGUCCUCCAACCUGAUGGAACACCAAACUAUUCACAGCGGUCUGCGGCCGUACAAGUGCUCCGAAUGCGGCGUUGCUUUUGCGAUGGCAUCCCGUCUGGUACGCCAUCAGCGCGUGCACACCGGGGAGAGGCCAUACAGUUGUGGAGGCUGCGGAAUGUCAUUCAGCCGCUCUGCAGCGCUGAAACGACACCAGGAACAGCAGUGUGAGAAAAGCAUCUUUGUGUGCGUAGAUUGUGAUAAGGCCUUCUCCUGUGAUGCUGAGCUCUCUGAACAUAUGAAAAGUCAUGCAAGCACGGUGCCUGCUAGUGCACCAGUACACUUACUCAACACACAGAUCAACUUAACCCCAGCUCAACUCUAA